AAAAAAAAUCAACAAAACAAAAGUAUCUAUUAGGCGUUGGAAAAUCAUGCCUUCUACUGCAGUUCACGGAUAAACGGUUCCAGCCCGUCCAUGAUCUUACCAUCGGUGUGGAAUUCGGUGCUCGCAUGAUUACUUUAGAUGGCAAGCAAAUAAAGUUACAAAUAUGGGAUACGGCUGGCCAAGAGUCUUUUCGGUCGAUCACAAGAUCCUACUAUAGAGGUGCUGCAGGAGCCCUUCUGGUAUAUGACAUCACAAGGCGAGAAACUUUUAACCAUUUGACAACUUGGUUAGAAGAUGCCAAACAGCAUUCAAGUCAAAAUAUGGUUAUUAUGCUGAUAGGAAAUAAAAGUGAUCUUGAAAGCCGCCGCGACGUUGAAAAAGAGGAAGGAGAGGCAUUUGCUAGAGAACACGGCUUAGUAUUCAUGGAAACUUCAGCCAAGACUGCUUCAAAUGUAGAGGAGGCUUUUAUUAACACUUCUAAAGCGAUCCAUUUAAAGAUACAAGAGGGCGUUUUAGAUGUUAAUAACGACGUAAGUUAA